AUGGCCCAACAGAACGAGAACGAGGUGCUGCAGCAUCUGCAGUCGCCGGACGCUCUACCUGCCGGCGACCUCUUGGCCCUCGACGAGAGCGGCGACUCGGUGCUGUCGCUGGCGGCGCUGCGCGGAAACCUGCCGCUCGUCCAAGCCAUUGUGCAGUCGGCGUCGCCCGACACACUGGCCGAGGUGGCGUGGACGACGCUGCAGCGCGCGGUGGCCAACCCCCACCAAAGCGUCGUCGAGUACCUUUGGGACAUACUCCCAGACGCCGCGACGCUCAAGUCGCCCAGUACGGGCAACUCCCUUCUGCACGAAGCAGUCGAGGGCGGCAACCUCCAGCUCCUCCGCUGGCUCGUCCCUCGCUGUACCGACACGCUUGACGUCUCCAAUCACGCGGGCGAAACACCCUACUUGACGGCGCUGCGUCAUGUCGACUAUGCUAGCGCCGACCUGCUCGUCGCCGCGGGGGCCAGUACCCAUGUCUGCACGAUGACGGGCGACUCGGCCUUGCACUACGUCCUCCGCUUCCCGCCCAACGAGAACACGCUCGUCACCGCCGUCGAACGGCUCUUGGCCGACGAUGUGCGCGUCGAUGCUACGAACCACGCGGGCGAGCGUCCGCUGGACCUCACUUCAAACCCUCGCAUCCUCGAGCUACUGCAUACGGAGGUGGCCUUUCGUACAGAGUUUCCUCUGCACUGCCUCGUCCGGAGUAAAAAUCUCGACCGACUGGAUGCGUGGUUUGCAGCCAUGCACGGCGAGCAUUCCGAGAACGCCGAAGCCGCGAUCGCUGCGGCGCUCACAACGCCAAAUGCGCACGGCCGGACGCCGCUCAUGUACGCGGCGCGCAUCUUUGACGAGGCGGCCGGUACGAACCAAGCCAUCUACCGCAUGCUACCGCACGUGCCCAGCGAUGCGAUUGCCGCCAAAGAUCAAGAUGGCAAGACCGUGCUGGACAUGCUCUUGCGCCGCGUCCUCGUCUGCGCCACCAACGUCCAUGGCUCGUCGUCGGCGCCGCUCCUGCGUGUGAUCCACGCCGUGUGCCGGAAAGGCCGUGUGACGAUGGACUUUGCCCACUUGCCGCCCGAGUACCUCCAUGCGACGCGAUUCCUUACGGGCACGGCGCCGUGCGAGUGCAUUGGCGAGUGCAAGGACACUGCGUCUGCGGAUGGCCUCCCCGGGCUCGCGGCCCGGCGCAACUGGACCGAGCUGCGCCGACUGCUGCAGGAGCCUCUGGCAGCCGACGUGAUCAACCGAACCGAUGCGUGGACGCGCGGGGGUUACUCGGUGUUGCACCACGUGUGCAAGCUAGGGCACUGCGCGACGCUCAAGCAGCUGUUAGCGCAGCCGCAUCUGGAUUUAGACGUGCGCUCCGAGAUGGACGGUCGGACGGCUCUCGAGCUCGCGACCGAGGCCAACCACGUCAAGAUCGUGCGCCGGCUUCUCGCAGCCGGGGCCGAUCCGCAAGUCAACGAGGAUCUGGACGAAGCGACGUUGGCUCUUCUACGUGUCGACGCGAAUGAGAGCCAGCAGCUCGUGUACGAUCGGUGGGAGCUGGCGUGUUACCACCGCGGUUUUUUUCUUGUCAACCUUCCCAAUGUCGGCGCCGCGCGCAAGCUCCUCGCGAUGCACCAAACGCCACUGCAUGUGGCCAUGCGACUUGAGCGCACCGCCACGUCGCUCGACGAACUCUGUGAUACGAGCAUCGACCUCGACGCUCAAGACUUGCACGGCGAGACGGCACUGAUGGUGGCGGCGGCCCUCGGGAAGCGUGGUCACGUCCAGUUCCUGCUCACCAAAGACCCGAAUCUGGACCUCCAAAACACGAACGGCAAGACGGCGCUUAUGCUUGCUGCCGAGCAAGGCCAUGUCGCUGUUGUGAAUGCCCUCCUCGAGCAGUCGGCGGAAAUCACACCAAGGGACAAGGACGGACUCUCGGUGCUAUCGCUUCUGGAACGGUGGCUCGCGACGCAGGGCCAUAGCCCGGACGACAUGAGCGUGCCGCAAGCGCAGUGCCUUGCGCUCAUCCAAAAGGAGCUGCAAGUCCGGGAAAACUCGCCCGAGUACUUGGCCAAGCAAGCGUUGGGCAUGGUGACCAUGUCGGUCGACCACGUCUUUAACCACGGCGGCUUUGCGGAAGCGAUUGCGACCAGCGUCGAUCUCGGCGUCACAUUCCUCAACGACUGCGUCACGCUGCGUCGUCACGAGGCCGAGUUUUACCACAUGGAGGCAGUGUACGGCCGAACGUCCAAGGACAGCGCGCUCCACGCUGUGCUGCACCUCGAUUUGAGCGACGCGGACGAAACCUUUGCCGCUCGAAAAACGCUCUUGGAACAUAUCGUCUUUCGCCGGCUCCUCGAGAUCAAGUGGGAGCUAUUUGGGAAGCGCAUGUACCUCCAGCAGCUGCUCAUGAACCUCCUCCUGCUCAUCACGAUGACCACCGCGUCGUUCCUCGGCAGUGACGAGGCUCCGUCGACAACGGCGUGCCUAUUCGGCCUCUCGGCGAGUCUCUUUGUGGGCUUUGGCUACUGGAUGCUGACCCGCUUGGAGCCCGAGGCUCUGUGGAUUGAUGCGCGCUACGAAUACGACCACAGCUACGAGCUCGAUCCAAGCAUCGUGAUUCCCAACCUCCGCGCUCGCAAGCAAGUGACGAUUCUGAUUUCGUAUCUGGUGCCCGUUGUGCUCACGGUCGUCUGCUCGCUUUUUCUGGUCGUGUUUGCCUCGUACCUGCACGUUACCGUGUGGUUUCCGACGUUCAACGUUGGGAUGCUCUGGCUCACGGCCCUCUACUUUGUCUACACCGAGUGGCAAGAGAUGAACGUCGGGCUUCUGACGUACUUUCGGUCGCACAUGAACAAGGCGCAGCUGCUUGUCUACGUCAGCAUCCUCUAUCUCUUUGUGCCCAUCAAGCUCAAUUGGAUCAACGCGGCCGAUGAGAUUGAGUUUGGACUCUCGGGCUUCCUCACGCUCGCGCUCUGGGUCCUCUCGCUUCAGUUUUUGGAGGUCGUGCCGUCGGCCAGCUUCUUGAUGCCCAUGAUGUCGGACCUUUUCAAGGACAUUUGGAACUUCUUCAUCCUCUUUAGCGUCUUCCAAGUCGGCUUUACGCUCACGUUUUACCAGCUCUUCCGCGGCAUGGACGACAGUUUGCACAAGUUUGGCAGCCUCGGGCAGUCGUUCAUGACGACCUACUACGUUUCGUUCGGUCAACUCGCAAUCGACUCGCUCGAUGCGUUUGGCGCCUCGGAGGAAGUUGACGCGCCGAUGAUGUACGUGGCGACGGCGUUGUUGAUGAUGCUGCAUGUGGCCAUCAUGGUCAUCAUCCUCCUCAACGUCUUGCUGGCCAUGAUGAACAAGACGGUCGACGGCGGUCUCGAGAAGGCCAAGACGCAAGCGCUGAUCAGCUACGCGCAGUGCAUUUUGCGCCUCGAGACGUCGAUGAACCUCGACGCCGAUGGCACGCAUGAUCUCAUCUACCUCCAUACCCAACCCGACGACGCUGGCGAAGAAGGGACGCCUCUGGUAGCGCCGCGCGAGUGGCUCAACCCGGUUUUUACCGAGCGCGUCAGCAAGGUGUAUCUGAGUCUCUCGGAGCUCCAAGCCACCGAGCUGCAGCGCGUUGCGGCGGACCGAGAAGCGUGGACGAUGCUAAUGGCUCGCUUCGAUGCAACGAUCGACAAGGAGCUCGACUACCUCCGCGACAGCUUUCUCCACGUCCAGCACUUUACCUCGCUUGCGGUGCUGAACGUCCUUGCCGUCGAUCUCAAGCUCAUCGAGACGGCGCGGGCCCUACUCCAGGCCAUUGUCGACAGCGCGCGCCAGAGCCGGGGGCAGUUCCGAGACAAGGUCCUCGGUAAGCUCGAGAUGCAAGUGGGACGAGAGCUUGCCAAGCUCCAGCAGCAGUUGCUUCGGCUCUGGAAGCCCAAGUUUGACAAGGAAGAGAUGAACGCGCGCACCGAGUGCAUUCUGAUUUACCAAAUGGCGCAACGCUCGACGAUCGAAGCCCAGCUCAAGACGACGGUCGAGGCGAUCCAAAGCGACAUGGCCCACGCUGUGGCGCCCAAGCACGCUGCGAAGGCGAGUGAGACGGCCGAGCUCCAAGAGGAAGUCGCCGCUCUCAAGGCGCAGGUGCAGAUGCUCUCGGAAAAGAUGGACGCGAUGCUCUCGCUUCUGACCAAGGGCCCAAGCGUCGGUGCCUGA